CCUAGAGGGGCCGCUGGCAGGGACGCUUCGCUCGGCGAGCGCAGGUGGAGCCAGCGAGAGCCUCUGAGGCUGCCAGGGUGGUUGUACCCGUUCCUCGGGCAAGGGGUGGUUCGCCGAGGGGCGCGGACCAGACAGACCCCGGGUCGGGCCUGGGCACCCGGAGAGGAGAGCCCAGCCCCGCCGCCGCACCUGGUGGAGGCGGCGCGGCGGAGAUUCGGAGGCAUCAGCAGGUUUGGGAAGAAGGAAGCGAGUGUUGUGGGGGGCGUCGGUGCUUGGGGGAGGCCACUCCGGAGACCGCCGGCUCUCAGGGGACGCUCCCGGGCCUGUGCGGCAGCUCUCGGGACCCGUGGCACCGGCUUUUGAGUAUUUUCGGCGGUGUCAAGUCUUCAGCAGCGAGAGGAGCAAAGUCCGAAGAAUGAAUGGCUGGUGAACGCCGGGGCUUGGUUUUGUUAGACUGGGAGAUGAGCCGUGGUUGUUAGUGGAAGGUGUUCACGUGAUUGUGAAGAAGCGGCAUUUAGGAAUUUCUGAAAAGUUAACAAUCCCGUCCAGUUAAAGUUUUGAGUUUAUUGUGCAUGCAGAGGAACAGCUGGGAAAUUGUUCCAAUGGCAGCUUAGAAAGCUAAAUGAGGAAGUGCAGUGAUCUUGAUUGUAAUUGGCCAUUAUCAACUUGCAUUCCUUCUAGGCUCAGCCUGACGCCCAGGAUCCCACCCCUUGUCAAAGACCAGGCCGUGGAAGCCAUGUUCCCACCAGCCAGGGGGAAGGAGCUGCUCUCGUUUGAGGAUGUGGCGAUGUACUUCACCAGAGAGGAGUGGGGCCACCUCGACUGGGGUCAGAAGGACCUCUACCGAGAUGUGAUGCUGGAGAACUACAGGAACAUGGUCUUGCUGGGUUCUGAAGCCAGACACAGGAUGAAAAAGCUAACUCCAAAACAGAAGUUUUCUGAAGAUUUAGAGUCAUAUAAGAUAUCAGUGGUAAUGCAGGAAUCGGCCGAGAAACUUUCAGAAAAGUUACAUAAGUGUAAAAAAUUUGUGGACAGUUGCAGGCUUACUUUCCCUACUAGUGGCGAUGAAUACAGCAGGGACUUCCUUCAAAACCUUAACCUUAUUCAAGAUGAGAAUGUGCAAACCAGGUGGAAGCAGGGCAGGUAUGAUGAGGAUGACAAACCCCUCAAUCAAAGAUCUUUUCUUUUGGGGCACGAGCAAAUUCUCACAAGAGCAAAGUCUUACGAAUGCAGUGAAUGUGGAAAAGUCAUUAGGCGUAAGGCAUGGUUUGAUCAACAUCAAAGAAUUCACUUCUUAGAGAAUCCCUUCGAAUGUAAGGUAUGUGGGCAAGCCUUCAGAGAGCGGUCAGCUCUUACGGUCCAUAAACAGUGUCACCUGCAAAACAAGCCAUACAGAUGUCAUGACUGUGGAAAGUGUUUUCGGCAGCUCGCGUAUCUUGUUGAACAUAAGAGGAUUCAUACCAAAGAAAAACCCUAUAAAUGUAGUGAAUGUGAAAAAACCUUUAGUCAGAAUUCAACCCUUAUUCGACAUCAGGUGAUCCACAGUGGAGAAAAACGCCAUAAAUGCCUUGAGUGUGGAAAAGCCUUUGGCCGGCAUUCAACCCUUCUGUGUCAUCAACAGAUUCACAGUAAACCGAACACCCAUAAAUGCAGUGAUUGUGGACAGUCCUUUGGUCGGAAUGUGGAUCUCAUUCAGCAUCAAAGAAUCCAUACAAAGGAGGAAUUCUUUCAAUGUGGAGAAUGUGGGAAAACGUUUAGUUUUAAGAGGAAUCUUUUUCGACAUCAGGUCAUUCACACCGGAAGCCAACCCUACCAAUGUGUCAUAUGUGGAAAAUCUUUCAAGUGGCACACAAGCUUUAUUAAGCACCAGGGCACUCACAAAGGACAGAUAUCCACGUGAUAUUAACUGGAAAGCAGUCAUUGAAGGACUAGAACUUCUACUUCAAGUGUGUAUCACAUGAUUGUUUUCAUGAAAAGCAAUAAAUGUAACAAAGAGUUUUUCUA